UAAACAAAUCCGUUGCUAUAGUCAACAAGAGUGCUCUGUGGAAAAAAAGAUGCCCCCAAAGAAAAAGGGAAAAGGAAAGGGUAAAAAAGGAAAGAAAGGAGGGAAAGGAGAUAAGGAUGACGGAGCAACCGAUGGAGGAAAAGUUGGUACCCCAGAGCCUUCAGAGAAAGAGUUACUGUUGCAACAAGAGCUUGAAAAAGUAACUGCUGAUCUACAGAGUGCAAAGAAACGAGUUGAAGAUUUACGUAAAGAAAAUGAGUGGCUACAACAAGAAGGGAGCCGCGUCAGAGUUGAAAGUCAUGAGUACAUGGGUUACAUGGAGAAGAAAACCACAAAGCGUAAGACAACUAUCAUCACACUGAGUGACCAUAACAAAGAGGAGAUCAGGAACAUUGAUUUCCAGAAACAAAACAUGGAGGAAGAGUUUAACCAAAAAAAACAAGCUCUUCAAAACCUCCUGUUUGAAAAACAAAAUAUUCUAAAGAAAACAACAGAAGAGUUAUCAGAACUGCAGGAAUACAAGGAUUUACAAACUGACCAAUUGGACAAGAUAAAAGAGCUGGAAAAAGAGGUGAUGGUCAUGAGGUCCAAACACUCCGACACAAUUCAACAGCUAAAGUCCACAUUCCUUGCAGAGAAAAGGGAGUACCAACAAGACUCAGAAAGCAGGAUAACGGCUUUGGAAAAAUUGGCCAACAAAGAGGCCAGCCAGUGUCUUUCAGAUCACACCAACAGAAUCAAGCUGGAAAACCGGCGUUUACGAAGGGAAUUACAGGAACUUAUUCACAUGACUCGUGUCUACCAGGCUCAUCAGCGAGAUCUUGAGGAGCAGAGAAAACAACUGCUUAGAGAACAGCAGUAUGCUGACGAUCUCAAAAAGCUCCGGAGCACCAGACAGCACAAAGUGCUGAAAGCAUUUGAUAUGCUGGACAACGGUGAGGGGGAUGUGGCAGAGGAGGCAGGAAGGUGAAGCAAUCUGUAUACAUUCUGGAACUGCAUAUUUCGGUGUUCAUAUGCAAGAACAGUGAAUAUUUUUUAUUUCUUGCAUGUGUCUAACCCAGAGGAGUUCAUUAUUUGUGUGAGCAGUUGAAGGCUCUAUAAAUAUGUCACUUACUUUGGUCUCAGAUUGUACAGUCUGUACAGUGAUGCAUUUACAGGAGAGGGCUAUAUAUGUUACCGUAACCAUAUGAAAAAGUGACUUGUGAGACAUUCAAUCAUAUUCAUUUUUGGAUGUAAUGAUUAUUAUACCUGUUUUUGUUGAUUAAAAUCAUUUCUACUUUA